UAUGUUUUGAUAACAAAUUGAUAGAGGCUUCAAAUCUGAUUUUAUGCCGAAACGCUAUGAUUGAAACUAUAUUGCAAAAUAAGAAAUGUUUACCUUUUUAAAAUAGCUACUAAUAGGAUUUAAGGAACAAUAAAUAUGGCUGGAAAAAAGGGUAGGAAAGUUGAAAUUUCGGCAACGCUUGUGACUGAAGACAUAAUCCCGUGUGCUAUUUGUGGUAGAGAAGUUGAUGAUGAAGUUCUAUACGGAAAAAUAUACGCAAUCGGAGAUAUUCAAUGUCAUUAUUUUUGCGUGUUGCUGUCCUGCUGCCUGGUGCAGAAAGGAAGAGAGACAGAUGGCCUCUUUGGGUUUCUGUAUCGAGAUAUCUUAGCCGAGAUCGAGAGGGCCAAGAAGCAUAAAUGCUCAUACUGCAGUCGUGGUGGUGCCACCCUGGGCUGCUCUGUGAGCCAGUGUCGGAAACAAUUCCAUUUGCCGUGUGGCAGAGAAAAGAAUGCAGUAUCAUUGUUCUACGGUAAUUAUAAAUCAUACUGUCAGCAACAUGUCCCGAAGCAGAAGGUACAUGACAAUGUAAUGGAAAGCAUCAAACAGCGGAGAAAAAACAAAAUUAAAUCCAAAAAAGGUGGAGCAGAUGUCUUUGAACAUGAAGAAUCAAGCUCAGAAUCAGAGUUUGUGUGCCUGAUAUGUUACGAGGAGGUUGAACCUUAUCCCGGUGUGCAGACAUUUUGGCCGCCCUGCUGUGCCAGGGAUGCUUGGUUCCACCGAAGAUGUUUACAGCGAAUGGCGCUCACUGCCGGCAUGCAUUAUCUGAAAUGCCCCUUGUGCAACGACAAGGAGCGCUUCCACGAGGCCGUCAUAUCGCAGGGAUACUACAUCCCCGACCAGGAUGCCGCGUGGGAGCUCGAGCGGAACGCGUACGCGGAGAUAUACGAGAGGAAUCUAAGAUGUGACGCUGAAGUCUGCGAAUGUCCUCAGGGCAGAGACCACGAUAGCAACGAAGGGGAGUGGGACCUGCAGCCGUGCCUGCUGUGCGGCUGGAGCGGGCGCCACGCGCGCUGCGGGCCCGCGCCCCCCGUGUGCGCGUCGUGCCGCCCCGCCGCGCCCGCCGACCUCACCCGCCUCACCGCGCAGCUGCGACACGUAAUGUUGGCUGAAGAAUCCAGGAAUCGUAGUGAAACUCGGCGACGUCCCGUGAUGCCGAGCAGAAUGUCCCUACGACGGACGAAAACUGACCCGAAAAAUGUUCCUUCUACGUCUAAUGCUGAGAAUAAACAAGAAGUAACACGACAAGAUCUCAAUUUAAAGCCUCCGAGGAAGCCACAGUAUUGUCUCAUAAAGCCUACAGUGUUGAAAAACAUUGAACAGAAUUUGUUGUCGCCCAUUAAAUUAUUAGAAAAAGGCGUCCAAGAAAAAAUUAACAGUGAAGAAAUAGACAAUGUUAUAAUCGAUGAGAAAAUAUUAGAAGAGGUCCGAGAAAAGUUCCGAAAACCUAAACCCUUGUGUGUUAAAAGGAAAAUUGUCGAUGAAAUUUUGCAAGGGCUGUUCGAUACCGUUCUGAAAGAAUCGAAACAGAAGGAGAUAAUCAAGAAAUGGUGCUCCCCUAAAAAACGAGAAAUCAAGGAGGAAACAGAGCCUGAGGAUAUCAUAUCUGAAGACACAGCGGUCGCUCGGAACCCCUCCACGCCAGUUAAAGUCGAGAUCCAAAAUGAAUCGAGCAAUGAUUCAUCUAGUACUUUCCAACUACCACCGGAGUUCGUCGCCGACGACAGCGAUCAUUUCUCGCCGCAGAAACUAAAGAAACUAGACAUUCAAAACAAUUCCAGCUUAGAGAUAUUCGAGAAUAAUGAGAUUAUUAACAUAGACGUUAAAAAAAUGGACACUCAGUGUGACCGCAGUGAGGUUGUCGAUUUAAAGACUCCGGUGAAAGUUAAGAAGUGCGCUUUCAAGUUCAGCCCGUUGGAUAAGGAGACCCUGAGUGACGAAAACGUCGGCAUGGACGUUGAGAGCUUCAAGAAUUGCUACCUGAACGAGGUGGACAGGCAUUUUGUGAACAACGUCCUGGGUGAACAUGGGAAGAAGAAGUCUAGAAAACGGAAACUGAACUCGAAAGUAAGAAUCGAUAAGAAAAAAAAGAGUGAUCAUAAGGAGUUGAACAAAUCGAAGGUGUACUGUAAGAACGGGAGGCAGAAGAUGAAGAUUAGAUUCAAAACUCGCAUAAAACUGAAGGUAUGCGAGAGCAAGGAUAAAGAUUUGAAACAGUACGUUUUGUCGAACGUGAAUAAUGUUGUUGUGAGACCGCAAAAAGAGGUUGGACCGAUUAAAAGGAAAUAUAACAAGCAGGAGAAGUCAUCGGAUAAUCUAGUUCAGACAUCGAUCCAGAAGUUUUUCGCUGUGAAAAAUUGUAAAACUAAAUAGCACGCUGAAAAAAGCUUGCUUAUAGCACACAUAGAUAAAUAGCAUGUUAUUAUUAUAGAAUAAAUAUACAUAUAUCAAAUAGGCACUUCAUCUACGUCAGUCUCAGCUAUCACUUGAAGUUGUCAUGACCUAAAUGAUAACAUGGCUGGUGUACUCUAUGCCACCAUGCCCGUUCAAAUUUUUGUUUGUUAUCGCUUAGAUGAGUGGACUAGCUCAC